AUGGCUGGAUCGCAGCUGAAACAACUCAAGGCGUCGCUCAAGUCGGCAGGACUUGUUGGCCAGACGAACACAAAGCAGAAGGGUAAAAGACAUUCGAAGAAGACGCCGAACGAGUCACGGAAGGACGACAAGCAGAAGGUGCUGAGCAGAAUCAGAGAAGAGUUCAACCCGUUUGACGUGAAGGUGACGCGGAACAAGCGCGAGGAUAUGCUGGAGAAGAAGAAGGUUGUUGGAAGGCCGGGAAUCUCGAAGCAGGUUGGCGAGGAGAACCGUCGGGCUGCAUUCGAGGCCAAGCGAGCACGCAAGAACAAGGCCGGAGGACUGGUGGAUCGCCGGUUUGGAGAGAACAACAGCGCGUUGACGGCAGAGGAGAAGAUGCUUGAGCGGUUUGUGAAAGAGCGGCAAGCUCAGUCGUCGCGGUCGUCGAUGUACAACUUGGAGGACGACGACGAUAAUGCGCUUACUCAUUAUGGGCAGUCGUUGAUGUUUGACCAGGACGGCAACGAGGACGAAGACGAAGGAGACUUUUUCAGCCAGAAGGAGCAGGCAGAGACCACAGGGCCUAUUGAGGAGGAGCCUUUGGGCCGCAAGAAGACCAAACAGGAGGUGAUGCAGGAGAUUAUAGCCAAAUCGAAGCACUACAAGAGAGAGCGGCAGAAAUUGGCCGAAGAGACACAGUACGCUGUCCAGGAGCUGGAUGAGGACUUUGAGAAUGUUAUGGGCACGCUGAACACGGUUCCACAGCCAAAGGGACGGCCUGCUUCCAAGACAGAGGCCGAGAAGCAGUACGACAUGAAAGUGAAGACAAUUGCAUUGGACAGACGUGCCGCCCCCGCAGACCGUACUAAGACAGAGGAGGAGAUCGAGAAGGAGCGCAAGGAGAAACAGGACAAGAUGGAGGCCGAUAGACUGCGUCGUAUGGAGGGCGAGAGCGACGACGAGCACGGCGGAGCAGACGACCUGGACGACGUGUGGGAAGGCGCCAGCGACCUGGAAGAGGACGUGGAGGCGGGAUCUGAGGUGGAGGUGUCGUCUGAGGACGAGCACGCCGCAGUGAAGCCGAGCGUGAUCCGGAUCGGCGACAAGGUGGUCACCGUGACGUCGACGGUGAAAAGCAAGUGUCCGGCAACUCUGGACGAGCUGCUGACGGCUGUGGCGGAGCUGGAAACCAGCGAGGUCUCGCCGUUCAUUGUGGGCGUGUUCAAGAAGUACCAGCCUAAGCUUGCGUCGGGGAACAAGGAGAAGAUCGGAGUUUUCAGCUGUGUUCUUGUGCAGUACAUGUUGCAUCUUGGCGACAACUACGACCCUCGCAACGCCCAGCUGCUAGACUUCCUGGCCCGUUUGAUUAAGAACAUGUGCGAAAAGUACCCCGAAGAGCUGUGCCAGGAAUUCAGGGGCCAGUUGCAGGAGAUACAGCAGAUUUUGCAGAAACGCGACUUUGGCACCUUGCCGCGCCAACGCGACCUGUUGCUGUUCACGCUGAUCGGCGCCACGUUCUCGACGUCCGACCUGUACCACCUGGUGGUGACGCCGGCCUCGUUGCUGAUCGGAGAAAUGCUGGAGGUGCUGCAGAUUAACACCAAGCCACACCACCUGUUUGCCGGAAUCUACCUCACCGACCUGCUGCUCCAGUACCAGCGGCUAUCCAAGCGACUGGUGCCAGAGGCAGUCAAUUUCCUCGAGCGCGCGCUGCUGGCCCUGGCUCCUGAGCCGCAGAAGAUCGACUCCGCUGCUCUGUGCGUGCUACCAAAACCCACAAAGUUCACCCUGGCAACCGCUUCGCAGCUGCCUGCCGCCGCCGAGCCGCUCGCUCUUGCGGACUGGAAGAAAGCCACUCAAGCUCAGCGCGAGAACCUGCUGCUCAAGGCCGUCCAGACCGUGGACCAGGCCACGGGUCUGCUGAAGGAGAGCGGGGCCUCUGUCGAGCUGCUCAAGCCGUUCGAGACCAUCAUGAAGCAUCUGGUCAAGUACUACGCCUCUUCCACCGUGCCAACGGUGCUGGCCAAGCUACAGAACCUGGUCAAGAUCGCCAGAGUUGACAGACAGCCGCUCAAGCUGCAGGCCCACCGCGCAAUGGCCAUCCCAUCGUACCUGCCAAAGUUCGAGGAAAACUUCAACCCUGAUAAAAAAUCGUACGACCCAGACCAGACACGCCAGGAGAUCAGCAAGCUGCGUCACCAGGUCAAGCAGGAACGCAAACAGUCGCUUCGUGAGAUCAGAAAGGACUCGCAGUUCGAGGCCAGAGAACAGCUCAAGCUUAAACGCAAAGACUACCAGGAGUACCACUCCAAGAUGGCCAGCAUCAUCAACUCUAUCCAGACACAAGAAGGCCAGGCCAAGAACGAAUACGAGAGAGAGAAGAAGAGAAGAAAGAACUAA